AUGGCGACGGUGAAUCAGGUCGUCGAGCGCGGGUGCUCGAUGCUCGUGCAUUUCGAUCGCGCGACGAGCGCGGUGGAGCUGAAGGAGGCGCUCGAGACGGGGAACGCGGAAGAGAAGGCGGACGCGAUGAAGAAGGUGAUCUCGCUGCUGCUGAGCGGGGAGGCGAUACCGCAGGUGUUCAUCACGAUCGUGCGGUACGUGCUGCCGAGCGACGAUCACACGGUGCAAAAGCUUUUGUUGCUGUACAUGGAGAUGAUUGAGAAAUGCGGGGCGGAUGGGAAGAUUUUACCGGAGAUGAUUUUGUUGUGUCAAAACUUGCGAAACAAUUUGCAACACCCGAAUGAGUUUUUGAGAGGGUGCACGCUGCGGUUCUUGUGCCGAAUCACGGAGCCGGACCUGUUGGAGCCGCUGAUACCUUCGAUCGUGCAAAAUUUGGAGCACAGGCACUCGUACGUGCGGAGAAACGCGGUGAUGGCGAUCAAUAAGAUUUACGACUUGCCCGACGGCGAGCACUUGAUUCCCGACGCGCCGGAAAUCAUCGAGUCAUUUUUGAUGAGCGGGGAAAACGAUUUGGGGACGCGUAGGAACGCGUUCUUGAUGUUGUACACGCACGCCCAAGAGCGCGCGGUGAACUAUUUGAUGAACAAUCUGGAAUCCGUGUCAAACUGGGGGGACAUUUUGCAAACCGUCGUGCUCGACCUGAUUCGCAAGGUUUGCCGCUCGGAUCCGACGCAAAAGGGCAAGUACAUCAAGGUCAUCUUGAUGCUGCUCGGUACGAACAACGCAUCGGUGGUGUAUGAGUGUGCGAACACCCUCGUGGCGCUUUCGAACGCGCCGACCGCGAUCAAGGCGGCGGCCAACUGCUACUGCCAACUCCUCGUGAACCAAAGCGACAACAACGUCAAGCUCAUCGUGCUCGAUCGCUUGACUGACUUGAAGAAGGACAACAAAGAAUUGUUGCAAGCGAUGAUCAUGGAUAUCUUACGCGCGAUCUCCUCGCCGAACAUCGACAUCAAGCGCAAGACGCUCGAUUUAGUGCUCGACUUGAUCACGCCUCGCAACAUCGACGACGUCACGAGCAUGUUAAAGACGGAGGUGAUCAAGUCUCAAUCUGAGAACACCAGUGAGACUGGAGAGUACCGACAGUUGCUCGUCCAAGCGAUUCACAAAUGUGCGUUGAAGUUCCCCGAAGUCGCGGGGUCGGUAAUUUACUUGCUCAUGGAUUUCCUGAGCGACGCGAACAGCGGGAGCUCGGCGGACGUCGCAUACUUUGUUCGUGAGAUCGCCUUCACGAACAAGUCGCUGCGUCCGGGGAUUAUCGAGCACCUGUUAGAUUUGUUCUCCACCAUUCGUAGCAGCCGAGUGUGCGCGACAGCGCUGUGGAUCAUCGGUGAGUUUAGCACGACGCAGGCGGAGCAAGAGGCGGCGCUCGAAGUCAUUCGUAUGAGCCUCGGUCCGGCACCGCUCGUCGAUGGCCCGGACGGUGAAGAAGAGGACGAAGACACCACGGAAACGACGACGCGCCCGGCCGUGUUGGCGGAUGGAACGUAUGCGACGCAAGCGGCGUACUCGACUUCGGCGGCGAUUUCUCAAGUGCCGAACUUGCGCGAAAUGUUGCUGAAGGGUGACUCCUUCCUUUCGGCGGUGAUUGCGAGCACGUUGACCAAGCUUGCGCUCAGAGUGAUAGGAUCUGGUUCGGUUCCUCAAGCGCAAAAGAACGCGACACAAGCCGAGUGCAUGUUAUACAUUGUGAGCAUGUUGCGCUUGGGAACGAGUGGCAAAGUGCCGAUCGAAAUGGAUAGAGACUCUAAGGCUCGGUUGGAGUUAUGCUUCCACGUCAUCGGUCAUCCGGAAGAGGCGGAUACCGACGUCUGGUUGAAAUCGUGCGGAGAAUCUUUCGCUUUGAUGAUUGAAGAAAAGCUUAGACGCGAAUCUCAGGCGAGCGCGAACUCCGACGCCGCACCAGUCGCGCAGGCUGACGAUUUGAUUGAUUUCCAUCAUCUCAAGUCGCGCAAGGGUAUGACGCAACUUGAGAUUGAAGAUGCCGUCGCGACCGAUCUCGCCCGAGCCACUGGUUUCAUGGACUCGGUCAAGAAGAACGGACGUAGCCUCGACCGCGUGAUGCAACUCACCGGUUUGAGCGACACAGUCUACGCGGAGACGUACGUCACCGUGCACCAGUACGACAUCACGCUUGACGUGACGAUGAUCAAUAGAACGGACGAGCCGCUGCAAAACGUCAUGUUGGAACUUUCCACCAUGGGUGAUUUGAAGCUUGUUGAGCGUCCUCAACCAUUUUCGUUACCACCGUUCGGUUCUCACAACCUGAGAGCGAGCAUCAAGGUGAGCUCGACCGAAACGGGAGUCAUCUUCGGCAACAUCGUGUACGAGACCGCUCGCUCCGAUCGUAAUGUCAUCGUGUUGAACGACGUGCACAUUGAUAUCAUGGAUUACAUCAUCCCCGCGACGUGCAGCGACACGGUGUUUAGAAGCAUGUGGGCUGAAUUCGAGUGGGAGAACAAGGUUGCCGUGAGCACAAACAUCACCGACGUUCGCAAGUAUUUGGAUCAUAUCGUGACUAGCACGAAUAUGAAGUGCCUCACUCCGCCGAGCGCGCUCGAUGGCGAAUGCGGGUUUCUGGCCGCCAACUUGUACGCCAAGUCCGUGUUCGGCGAAGACGCGCUGGUAAACGUUUCGAUCGAGAGCAACGACGGUGAGAUCAGUGGCUUCAUCCGAAUCCGCUCGAAGACGCAAGGCAUCGCGCUUUCGCUCGGCGAUAAGAUCACGCUGAAGCAAUCGAUCGAAAUCUAGACGUGUUUAAUCAAA